AUGGACCUCCGACGUGGUGUGUCAGGACAAGGGGGCACCCAGCCCCAUAGUGGCAUUGGGGACGGGCUGCACCCACCAGGGCCCACCUCGAAGCCCAGGUUCUGCCUCUCGUCUCCAGUUCAGGUGGGGAAGCUGGAUGGGGACGUGGUGGUGAAGUGCAGCACCACGGAGCAGCGGGUGACCUGGACACAGAACGGGGAGCCGGAGCCCAUGGCCGAGCUGGUGGCCGAGGGUCAGACCCUCAUGAUCCUCGGCUUGGACCUGCCGGCCACGGGCAACUACAGCUGCUGGGCAGGGAGCGUCCUGCUGGACUCCAUCUACGUGGUGGUCACCAGCACCCGCGAGGAGGGGGUGAACGUGUCCUGCCAGGCUGAGUCCUACCGCGGCUCCUUCCGCUGCUCCUGGGCCGGACCCCGCUCCGCCGUCUUCCGCGCCCGCCUCACCCACAGCGAUGGCUCUCUGGGGGAGUGGGUGCCCGCAUCCCGCCACCGUGGUCGGUUCUACGCCAGUUUCGUGGACCCCUUCUUCUGCCCCUUCGCCGAGGAGCUGCACCCGCUGCGGCUGCAGCUGGAGGGGCUCUCGGACACCUCCUACAUCAACUUCUCCAGCCACUUCUUCAUCCGCGACAUCGUGCGGCCCGACCCACCGCAGGAGCUGGCCGUGCAGCGGCGGGGGGAGCAGCUUCACCUCGCCUGGGCCCCCCCGGCCUCCUGGCCGCUCCCCAGGUCCUACUUCGCCCUCCUCUACCGGCUGCAGUACGAGCUCCCCAAUGGCACCCAGGCUGACACAUACGUGGAGGGCGCAGAGGAGACGUGGCUGCGGGACCGCGCACGGCGGGUGCGCAUCAGCUGCCGGGACCCCUACACCAGCCCGGCCUGGAGCCCUUGGAGCCCCUGGCACGGCACCGGGGCAGCCCAGCAGCGCCGGCUGCAAGCACCCUGA